CCCUGUGUUCUGUGCCACUGUACUCCUGUCUUUGGCUGGGUGAGCCCCUCCCUCGGUCUCUCCGCCCUUUAAGGCGUUUCAAACCUCAGAAAUGGUCAUAUCUCGGCACUAAAAGCAUCGGGCUGCCCGGGUAACUAGAAACGUGUAUAUUUAAGACAACACAUGCCACCAUGGCGGACGACAGUGAAUGGAUGAAGUUGCCCAUUGAGCAGAAAUGUGAACACAAGCUGUGGAAAGCAAGAUUAAAUGGCUACGAGGAAGCUCUAAAGUUAUUUCAGAGGAUUGAAGAUGAAAAAAGUCCAGAAUGGUCAAAAUACCUUGGAUUCAUAAAAAAAUUUGUUACGGACUCCAAUGCUGUCGCUCAGUUGAAAGGUCUGGAAGCGGUUCUUGCUUAUGUUGAAAAUGCGCAUGUGGCUGGAAGAACUACUGGAGAGGUGGUGUCUGGUGUUGUAUGUAAAGUUUUUAAUCAGCCCAAAGCCAGGGCGAAGGAACUAGGAUUAGAAAUCUGCAUGAUGUACAUAGAGAUAGAAAAAGCAGAGGCAGUUCAGGAAGAACUAUUAAAAGGAUUGGACAACAAAAAUCCCAAAAUUAUUGUAAUGUGCAUCGAAACAAUAAGGAAAGCACUCAGUGAAUUUGGUUCGAAAAUUGUUACUUUGAAGCCAAUUGUCAAAGUGUUGCCAAAAUUGUUUGAAUCUCGAGAGAAAGCUGUUCGAGAUGAGGCCAGAUUGUUAGCGGUGGAGAUGUAUAGGUGGAUCAGAGAUGCUCUGCGACCUCCACUCCAGAACAUUAACUCUGUACAGUUUAAAGAGCUGGAAGAAGAAUGGGUAAAGUUGCCACCUUCAGCCCCAAAACAGACACGAUUCCUCCGCUCGCAACAAGAUCUAAAAACUAAGUUUGAACAGGCAGCGAGUUCAGAUGGAGUUGAUGGGGAUGAAGAUGAAGAAGCUCCCCCACAAGUGGAUGCUUAUGAGCUCCUAGAAGCUGUUGAGAUUCUUUCGAAAUUACCUAAAGAUUUCUAUGAAAAAAUUGAAGCAAAGAAAUGGCAGGAAAGAAAAGAGGCUCUGGAAGCUUUAGAAGUCUUAGUAAAAAAUCCUAAAAUAGAAGCUGGAGACUUUGGGGAUGUGGUCAGAACACUUAAAAAGGUUAUUGGAAAGGAUACAAAUGUUAUGCUUGUUGCAGCAGCAGCAAAAUGUGUUGUUGGAUUGGCUACUGGGCUGAGGAAGAAGUUUGGGACAUAUGCAUGCCUUGUGGUGCCAACUAUUUUGGAAAAAUUCAAAGAGAAGAAACCUAACGUGGUUCAGGCUUUGCAGGAGGCAAUUGAUGCGGUCUUCCUUACUACUACAUUGCAGAAUGUUUCUGAAGAUGUUCUGGCUGUGAUGGACAACAAGAAUCCUUCAAUCAAACAGCAGUCGUCUUUAUUUCUGGCAAGAAGCUUUCGCCACUGCACUCCCUCCACGCUGCCAAAAAGUCUUUUGAAACCAUUUUGUGCUGCACUGCUGAAGCAAAUUAACGAUUCAGCCCCUGAGGUACGAGAUGCUGCUUUUGAAGCACUCGGUACUGCAUUGAAAGUGGUUGGAGAAAAAGCUGUGAAUCCAUUCCUGGCUGAUGUUGAUAAGCUCAAACUUGACAGGAUUAAAGAGUGCGCCGAGAAGAUUGAGUUACCUGGUGGAAAGAAAGUGGCUGGUGGAGCAGAAAAGAAAGAUGCCAAAUCUGCCACAAAGACUGCACCGGUAGCUGAGGCUCCACCUGCAAAACCUGCGGCCCCUCAAAAAAAGGCUCCGGUGGGCAAGGCUAGUGGGCCUCCCAAGAAGGGAAAAGUAGCAGGAGGAGCUGGUGCUAAAGGGAAGAAAGCAGCCGUUGAGACUAAAGACGUGGUGGAGACUGAACUUUCUGAUGAGGCAUGUGAAGAGAAGGCUUCGGCUGUGCUUCCUGCUUCCUGUAUGCAGCUUUUGGACAGUAGUAACUGGAAGGAAAGGCUGGCUAGUAUGGAGGAGUUCCAGAAGGCAGUAGAGCAGAUGGAGAAAAGUGAGAUGCCCUGCCAGGCACUGGUUCGGAUGCUGGCAAAGAAACCAGGCUGGAAAGAGACAAACUUUCAGGUGAUGCAGAUGAAGCUUCAUAUUGUUGGACUGAUUGCUGUAAAAGGAAACUUCUCUAAAACCUCUGCGCUCGUUGUUCUGGAGUGUUUGGUCGACAAAAUAGGGGAUGUGAAGUGUGGAAUUAAAUCCAAAGAGGCCCUUACUGCGAUAGGAGAGGCAUGCUCAUUGCCAUGGACUGCUGAACAUGUUGUGUCAAUGGCUUUUGCACAGAAGAAUCCAAAAAAUCAAGCAGAGACAUUAAACUGGUUGGCAAAUGCAAUGAAAGAAUUUGGUUUUUCUGGGAUCAAUGUAAAGGCUUUUAUUAAUAAUGUCAAGACUGCCCUGGGUGCAACUAAUCCUGCUGUACGAACCUCUGCUAUUGCUUUGCUCGGUGUUAUGUUCCUGUACAUGGGAGCCCCCCUACGUAUGUUCUUUGAAGAUGAAAAGCCAGCCUUGCUAACGCAAAUUGAUGCAGAAUUUGAAAAGAUGCAAGGCCAGACACCCCCAGCUCCCUUUCGGGGUUCCAUCAAGAAGGGAGGACAGGAUGAAAGUGAGGAGGCAGAGGAACCAGAUGAGGAAGGUGGAAAUGAUGUCAUGGAUCUUUUGCCAAGAUCUGAUAUUGGCGAAAAGAUUACAUCUGAUAUGGUGUCAAAGAUGAGUGAUAAGAACUGGAAGAUCAGAAAGGAGGGACUGGAUGAAGUAGCGGCUGUGAUUAAUGAGGCCAAAUUUAUUCAGCCAAAUAUCGGAGAGCUUCCUAUAGCACUGAAAGCGCGGCUUGGGGACUCCAAUAAGAUUCUGCUACAACAAACACUGACGAUCCUGCAACAGAUAGCUACAGCCAUGGGCCCCAACAUCAAACAACAUGUUAAGAAUCUUGGGAUUCUUAUUAUUACAGUGCUUGGGGACAGCAAGAGUAAUGUUCGAGCUGCUGCCCUCGCAACACUCAAUGCCUGGGUUGAACAAACUGGAAUGAAGGAGUGGUUGGAAGGAGAGGAGCUGUCUGAGGAACUGAAGAAGGAAAACCCCUUCUUGAGGCAAGAGGUUUUAGGUUGGCUGGCAGAAAAGCUACCCACAUUACGCACUGUGCCCCCAGACCUCAUGCUAUGUGUGCCCCACCUGUACUCCUGUCUAGAAGACAGGAAUGGGGAUGUACGAAAGAAAGCUCAGGAAGCUCUUCCAACAUUUAUGAUGCACAUUGGAUAUGAAAAGAUGUUUAAGGCUACAAGUAAACUAAAGACUGCAUCCAAGGACCAGGUGGUGUCUUUGCUGGAAAAAGCCAGGACCAACAUGCCAGCUAAGCCUGCUGCUCCUGUUAAGGCUGCUGCCUCUAAACCAGCAGGGGGUGUAAAGUCUACACCAGCUUCUGCAAAGCUUCAGCCUUCUCCAGCAUGUGAUGAAUCUGAAGAGAGUGUUCCUGAUUCUAAACCGGAUCCCAAGAAAGCCAAAUCAGCUGGAGCUGCUGCCAAAGGAAAGACAACUUCACAAUCUUCAGAUGCUAAUGACAGUAUGGGGAAGGCUAAUACAAGCCUCACUAAACCCAACAACCAGACAAAAGGAAAGUCAAGUAAACAGGGUGUCCUUGGUAAGAAAGCACCAAUCAAAUCAAAUGCCAAGGAUGAGGAGGACAAAUCUGGUCCCAUUUUCACCCAUGUUCCCAAUGGAAAAGAACAGAGAAUAAAGGAUGAAAAAGGAUUGAAGGUGCUUAAGUGGAACUUUACUACUCCUCGAGAUGAGUACAUUGAGCAGUUGAAAACUCAGAUGUCAAGCUGUUCAGCAAAGUGGUUACAGGACGAGCUCUUCCAUUUGGAUUUCCAGCAUCACAUCAAAGCUUUAACAGCUAUGAUUGAGCACUUGGAAGACGAAAAAGAUGCCACUAUAAGCUGCCUGGACCUGGUUUUGAAGUGGUUUACUCUACGUUUCUUUGACACUAACACCAGUGUCCUUAUGAAGGCCUUGGAAUACCUGAAGAUGCUCUUCACAAUGUUGAGCAGAGAGGACUAUCACCUUAAUGAAUAUGAGGCUUCUUCCUUCAUCCCAUACCUUAUACUCAAGGUUGGAGAAUCAAAAGAUGUUGUACGUAAAGACGUGCGUGCACUUCUCAAUAUGAUGUGUAAGGUCUAUCCAGCAAGCAAGGUUUUCACCUUUCUAAUGGAUGGGACAAAAUCAAAGAACUCAAAACAACGAGCUGAAUGUCUGGAGGAACUGGGCUGUUUAAUUGAAUCCUAUGGGAUGAAUGUUUGCCAGCCUACAGCAGCAAAAGCACUUAAAGAAAUUGCAGUUCAUAUUGGAGAUCGGGACAACUCUGUUCGUAAUGCCGCCCUCAACACUGUAGUUGUUGUAUAUAAUGUCUGUGGAGACCAGGUUUUCAAACUAAUAGGAAAUCUUUCAGAGAAGGAGAUGAGUAUGCUGGAAGAAAGAAUUAAACGUUCUGCCAAGAAACCAGCAGCUGCACCUGUUAAACAAGUAGAGGAAAAACCACAGAGAUCACAAGGAGGAAAUCCUAAUGCCAGUUUAAUGCGGAGGCCACCCUCGGAGGAAGUGCCUUCAAAAUUAAAAAUAAUGUAUCGUACCUAUAGGAUCCAGUCUAGAUCUCAGAAUGCACAUCUGGAGCAAUCUUCUCCUUCAAUUCCAAGAGAGUUCCAGUUAGACCUUGAUAUCAUUGAAAAUGAUCAUACUAGAGUCAGUGAGAUGCCAGAUUUGGUACAGCAUAAACUUGAUGAACUGUUGGAGCCUGUCUUAAUACCAGAGCCCAAGAUCCGUGCUGUCUCUCCCCAUUUCGAUGAUAUGCACAACAGUAUAGCCUCCACCAUAAAUUUUGUCAUCUCACAGGUAGCUAGUGGCGACAUUAACACCAGUAUCCAGGCCUUGGCACAGAUUGAUGAGGUUUUGCGACAGGAGGAUAAAGCAGAAGCUAUGUCUGGCCACAUUGAUCAGUUCCUGAUUGCAACGUUUAUGCAGCUUCGCCUUAUCUACAGCACGCACAUGGCCGAUGAAAGACUGGACAAAGAUGACAUUGUCAAACUUUACAGCUGUAUUAUUGGGAAUAUGAUUUCACUGUUCCAGAUGGAAAUGCUGGCCCGGGAGGCAUCGAUGGGAGUGCUGAAGGACUUGAUGCACGGACUGAUUACUCUAAUGUUAGAUUCUCGAGUGGAGGACUUGGAGGAUGGGCAGCAGCUCAUCAGAUCUGUCAAUUUGCUUGUUGUUAAAGUUUUAGAAAAGUCAGAUCAGACCAACAUAUUAAGUGCUCUCCUUGUGCUUCUACAAGACAGCCUCCUUGCCACUGCAAGCUCUCCAAAGUUUUCAGAACUGGUCAUGAAGUGUCUGUGGCGUAUGGUUCGACUCCUUCCAGAGUCUGUUAAUAACAUCAAUCUAGACCGAAUCCUUCUGGACAUCCACAACUUUAUGAAAAUAUUUCCAAAGGAUAAGUUAAAACAACUAAAAAGUGAUAUUCCACUGAGGACCCUUAAAACACUGCUGCACACUCUCUGCAGAUUGACAGGACCAAAGAUCUUGGAUCACAUGACCAUGAUAGAAAACAAGAAUGAAUCCGAGCUGGAAACGCAUCUUAGACGGGUUGUGAAACACUCCCUGGAUCAGACCAGCUCAAAGUCUGACAGAGAAACAGAAAAAGGAGCUAAUGGAAUGGAUGAAAUGGCUUCUAAAUCAAAAGUGAGUGAUAUCCUGGCUGAAAUCUUUAAGAAGAUAGGUUCCAAGGAAAAUACUAAGGAGGGUUUAACAGAGCUUUAUGAAUAUAAGCAGAAGUACUCGGAUGCAGAUAUCGAUCCCUUUUUGAAAAACACCUCCCAGUUCUUCCAGAGCUAUGUAGAACGAGGUCUCCGGAUGAUAGAGUUGGAAAGAGAGGGCAAGGGAAGAGUUCAGUCCUCAAGUUCAGGAAUUAGCCCACAAAGCGCUGAUACAUUUGUGCCCAGCUCAACCACUACUGCACCAUCAAUCCCUACCAACGGAGAGGAGGUUAAACCUGCUGUGUAUCUGGAGAGGUUAAAGAUUCUCCGGCAACGACAUGGCCUAGAAAAUAAUUCAAAGCAACAAGAGGAGAGACCGCUUCUUACAUCUUUGCUUUCAAAGCCGUCGGCCCCUUCUGUCGCUUCCUCAACAGACAUGCUGCACAGUAAACUCUCACAACUAAAGGAGUCCCGAGAACAUUACCACCAGGAACUUGAAUCUAACCAAUCGCACAUGCAGAGCAGCAUGAGUACCACGUCCUCUGCCACCAACCUCGAUGACUUGAAAAAGAGGCUAGAAAGAAUAAAGAGCAACCGCAAAUAAAAACGCUUUCAGCCUCGCUCACUUACCUAAAGCAGAUACCUUCAUAGCUACUGGCUGCCUUUUUUGGCCCUUGGUGUGUAAAAACAAACAUGUUUCAUAUAUAAUACAGUGGACAACUUAUUAUUAUUUUUUUUGUUAAGUAUUGUGGCACAAUUAUUUGUACAUACAUCAGGCUUCCUAACCACUUGAGCAUUCAAAAAUGUCAUGUUUUAGUGUACAGUUUCUCUGUGCAAACCGCUGUAAUAUUAAUGUACUUCUUAGCUGUUUCUGUUUAUCUUUUUCAAGAUUGUUAGUAAGAUGUUUUUAUCUCAUUUCUGUCUAGAGCUCUUAAACCUAUAAUGUUAACUGUUCGCUUGCUUUUUUUCCUUUUUGUGAACUCCUGUACUUGAAGCAAUGGUUCUGUGAAGGAAUCAUGAAGCAUGGCAUGAAGUAAUAAAUGUUUUGUAAAUAAAGGUUGCAUUAACUAGU